UGAAGUAUUUAUAUAUAUAGUGAACUGAGUAAAUUGAAAAGGUCGAAUGUUAUAAAGUUGAUUGCUUCAAUACAAUUAAGUGCCUAUGAUUGUUUGAUAUUACAGUUGUAUAUAAUACUUAAAAUAUUUGAUUCAACUGCAAAAUGAUUAUACAACGGCACACAACAGCUGUAGUGAAAAUUUUCAUAUUUUGGAUAUUUGUUUCGUUAUUUUGUGCAUCAAAACAAGAUUGUGUCUGGUAUGGAGUUUGUAACACGGAUGCCUUGAAUCAUAAUCAAUAUUGUUCCUAUAAUGGCACUCCAAAAGAGAUGCCUGAAGAUGGACUGAAGUUGUUAACAGAAAGGUGCAGCUUUUUACUUCAAGCUGAGGAAAAAAAAUUUUGCUGUGACGUAGAUCAGGUAAAAAUAUUGAAUGAGAACAUUAAACUCGCUGCGGCAAUUUUAGAACGUUGCCCAUCAUGUAUGACCAAUUUGGCCCGUCAUAUUUGCGAAUUGACAUGCUCUCCAAAUCAAUCAAAAUUCUCUAGAGCUGCUGCUACAAAGACAAAUGAUGAAGGUGAUCUUUAUGUAACUUCUUUGGAUUUACACGUAACAGAAGAGUAUAUCAAUAGGACUUAUAAGUCAUGUUCCCAGGUAUCAGUUCCACAAACCGGUCAAUUAGCACUAGAUCUAAUGUGCGGAGCUUAUCCAGCAUCACGAUGUAGUCCUACAAAGUGGUUCAAUUAUAUGGGAGAUGCAAAUAAUAUAUAUGUUCCAUUCCAAAUAACAUAUAUUCAGCAUUCAACAAACUCGACAAAGAAUGGGAUUACUCCAAUUAAUCCAAAAACAACACCCUGUAAUGAAUCUGUAAAUUUCGAAAUGCCAGCGUGUUCAUGUACUGAUUGUGAUUUGUCUUGCCCUCAGUCUCCAGAUGAAGCAAUACCCAAACCAUUUAAUAUUGCAGGAUUUGACGCUUUUACAGUUAUUAUGACUGUCGUAUUUACUGUUGGAUCCAUUGUUUUUUUAUUGGGAACAUUUUUGUUUACGAAAGACUUUAUAAAUGAUGAGAACUUCCAAAUCGGUAACGAUGGUGCAACCGACGAUUCGAUGUAUAGGCAGCAGCCGCGAUACUUUGAAAAGCUUGGUGCUCGUACUGAAUACUUCUUGGAAAACAUAUUCACGAGAUUGGGUACAUUUUUUGCAACUUAUCCCUGGUUGACUCUUUUUGGAGGCGCCAGUCUCGUCACAUUGCUUGGAUACGGGAUAGUGUAUGUGGAAAUUACUACAGAUCCAGUACAACUUUGGGCUGCGCCAAGUUCAAAAUCUAGAAUAGAGCGAGAAUAUUUUGAUUCUAAAUUUGAACCCUUCUUUAGAAUGGAACAAGUAAUAAUUAAAGCCGUAGACCUACCAUACAUUGUGCAUAAUACGUCGAACGGGCCAAUAAAAUUUGGGCCAAUAUUUGCAAAGGAUUUUCUGGCCAGGGUCUUAGACUUACAGCAACAGAUUCAAAAUAUCGAGGCGAAUGGAACUUUUUUACAUAAUAUAUGCUAUGCUCCCUUGAAAGAUGACAACACUAUGGUAAAAGCUUCUGAUUGUGUUAUACAAUCAAUCUGGGGUUAUUUUCAAGAUGAUGUAAGCCGACUUGAUGAUAAUGAUGAGGAUAACGGGUUUAAUGUAACAUAUUUGGAUGAAUUGUAUGACUGUAUAAGUAAUCCAUAUUUAUGUUUAGCUUCUUAUGGAGGACCAGUAGAUCCAGCUAUUGCAUUAGGCGGGUUCUUAAAACAGGGUGAACAACUUACAGGGUCAACAAAAUAUGAGCAAGCUAACGCUUUAAUUUUAUCAUUUUUGGUAAGAAAUCACCAUGAUAAAGGGAAGCUAGUUCAAACAUUAGAUUGGGAAAAAACAUUUGUUGAGUUUAUGAUAAAUUAUAUAAAAAAUAAUAAAAGUAAAUCAAUGGACAUAGCUUUUACAAGUGAGCGGUCAAUUGAGGAUGAAUUAAAUAGAGAGUCGCAAUCGGACGUAAUGACCGUUUUAGUUUCAUAUAUUAUUAUGUUCAUUUAUAUAGCAAUAUCCCUUGGCCAUGUACAAGAAUUAAAAAGAUCCCUUAUUGAUAGUAAAAUAACAUUGGGUAUUGGAGGCGUUAUUAUAGUGUUAGCAUCAGUAGUUUCUUCGAUUGGUAUUUUUGGAUAUAUUGGAGUUCCAGCAACAUUAAUUAUAGUCGAAGUUAUUCCGUUUUUAGUACUGGCAGUUGGGGUGGAUAAUAUUUUUAUCUUAGUUCAGACGUACCAAAGAGAUAAUCGUAGAGCUAAUGAAACAACGGAAAAGCAGGUGGGACGAGUUUUAGGACGCGUAGGUCCUAGUAUGCUAUUAACAUCCGUAAGUGAGAGCUGUUGCUUUUUUCUUGGUAGUUUAUCUGAUAUGCCUGCUGUUAAGGCGUUUGCGCUAUACGCAGGAGUUGCGCUAUUAAUAGACUUCAUAUUACAAAUAACCUGUUUUAUUGGCUUGUUUACUUUGGACAUAAAGCGAAAGGAUGAAAACCGUUUAGAUAUAUGUUGUUUUAUCAAAUGUAAAAAGUCUGAUAUAAUGCCGAACAAUGAGGGACUCUUAUAUAAAUUUUUUAGAAGUGUUUACGUUCCAUUUCUAAUGAAAAAAUUCGUUCGAGUUGUUGUAAUGGUUUUCUUUUUUGGUUGUCUUUGCACUAGUAUAGCAUUUGUUCCGAAAAUUGACAUCGGGCUAAAUCAAGAACUGGCUAUGCCUGAGGAUAGCUUUGUUUUGCACUACUUUAAGUCCUUAAAUGCGCAUCUUAACAUUGGUCCUCCUGUAUAUUUUGUACUUAAGGGAAAUAUUGAUUAUUCGAACAGCUUGAACCAAAAUUUAGUAUGUUCUGGGCGAUAUUGCAAUGAUGACAGUGUUUUAACUCAAAUUUACUUAGCUAGUCGUAAAUCAAAUUUAACAUAUAUUGCUCGCCCAGCUUCUAGUUGGAUUGACGAUUACUUUGAUUGGGCUUUAUCGUCAAGCUGUUGCAAGUAUAAUCCCACAAAUGGAAGUUUCUGUCCCCAUCAAGAUACUUCCUGUUCAACUUGCGAAAUUCAAAAAAAUAACCUUCAGCGGCCCAAUGAACAUGAGUUUGGAAAAUAUCUUCCGUUUUUUUUAAAAGAUAAUCCAGACGAUUCAUGUGUUAAAGCAGGACAUGCAGCCUAUAAUGGGGCUGUUCGGUACAGCUUUGAAGAAAACAAAAUCAAUAUAGACAGUUCAUAUUUUAUGGCUUAUCAUUCAAUAUUAAAAUCGUCCAGGGACUAUUUUGAAGCAUUAGAAUCAGCUAGAAAAAUAUCUGCUAAUAUUACACAAAUGUUAAAGUUUCAACUUGUCUCAAACGGAUUACCAGUUGACUUAGCAAUGCAAAUCGAAGUUUUUCCUUAUUCAGUAUUUUAUGUAUUUUAUGAACAAUAUUUAACAAUGUGGUCAGAUACCUUACAGAGCGUAGGAAUUUCAAUACUUUCCAUAUUUAUAGUAACAUUCAUUUUGAUGGGUUUUGAUGUACAUUCCGCCCUUGUUGUAGUUAUCACUAUAACAAUGAUAGUUAUUAACCUUGGGGGCCUUAUGUAUUACUGGAAUAUAUCUCUUAAUGCAGUAUCCUUAGUCAAUCUUGUGAUGGCUAUAGGAAUAUCUGUAGAGUUUUGUUCACACCUUGUACACAGUUUUUCAUUAUCAAAAGAAUUGAAUCAAAUAAAAAGGGCUGCCGAUAGUUUAUCACAAAUGGGUAGCUCUAUAUUUUCUGGUAUAACUCUCACAAAGUUUGCGGGAAUAUUAGUCUUAGCUUUUGCAAAAAGUCAAAUCUUUCAAGUAUUUUACUUUCGAAUGUACUUUGGAAUCGUAGUUAUCGGCGCAACACAUGGUUUAAUAUUUUUACCAGUUUUGCUUAGUUAUAUUGGUGCACCUAAUAAUUCUAGGCUUGAAUCUCAAAACAAUGAAAAUUGUGAGCAGGAAACUUCUUUAUCUGGAACGAGAUAAUUUGUUUACUCAUAAGAAUGUUGAAAAUAUCAAGAGCGAAAUCAAAGGAAUGUCGAAUGUGGAAAUUCAGCGUUAAUCUUUGUUUUUAUUAGUUAUUUUUGUAAAAACCAAAUUAUUAUAUUCUACAAAAAAGAAGUAUGGUAUCUGGCUAGGGUGUGAUAAAUUUUAAUCAACCAUUAUUAUAUGUAAAUAUAUAUGUAUACACCGCUUUUAAUAACAUGAAAAACUGUGUAUUUAGAUUUUGAAUAAAGUUUACAAUGUACAGCAAUA